AUGCCACAUCCAAAGCAGGUGGUCUGCUGUGCACUUUGCUGUCUUGCACUCUUUGUCGUCUUUAGUGAUGUGCAAGGGUUUGUAAACCCUCCAAGGGUCAGGGGUAAGGGUCAGGAGGGUAAGGGUCAGGGGUCAGGGGUUUUUCAGGGGUUUUUUAGGGGUUUCAUUUCUCUAAUAUCAAGCUUGAGCAAUUAUUUGCUCCAAACCCUUGUCCAAACCCUGCUGGGGUUUCUUACCCUCCAACCCCUGAGAUACCCUUACCCUUACGCUUCAAAACCCUUGACCCCAGCCAAGGGUCAAGGGUUUUGGAGGAUCUCAGUUAUCGGAUCUUAUUCUUUUGACACAUCACAGAUUCCUAUGACGCACGAAACUUUCCCCCAUCAAAUGAUCAGGAAAUGUUUUUUAUUGGUGGAAUGGUACAUUGCUGUCUUGGCUAGUCCAAACACAAUGAAAGUUCUCUGUCAAUACCCCUUCGAUUUUCAUGAUCUUGAACUCGUUCAGAUAGUCCCACACUCUGUGAAGACGCUCCCCAAAACCGUUUACGAAACGGACCUCAAUCUGCUUCGUUUUCUGUGGUCGAGGGCUCGUUCGGAUAGCCCCACGCUCUGUGAAGACGCUCCCCAAAACCAUUUACGAAACGGUCAAGGUCUCGUGGAGCUAGGACCUCAAUCUGCUCCAUUCUCUGUGGUCAAGGGCUCGUUCACAUAG